AUGGCAAUAACCAGAAGAAAAGGGGCGGAGGAAAAUAGACACAAGAGUACUCCCUCUAGAUCAACAAGGAGAAUAAAAGAAGAGAUUGAUUUUGGUCUAAUGGAAGUGUUUAGAGAAAAAUUAUAUGGAAUUUUACUAAUAUUUAAAAGUAUGGUACCGUCAUGGGGAUUAUUACUUUUUUGGUUUUUCUCAGCUUUAGAAAGUUGCUUUUUCUAUAUAUACCUAUCAUUAUUCUCCCCAUUUUUUAAACCUUUAUUAUUUGGAGGGCAGGGUCACAAAAUGUUAAUGAGUUACUUAGGAAGUCAGGGUUUUUUCCCACUACUCCAAAAAUACAAAAUAAUAAGCCAUAUUGAUCAAGUUUUUGAAUGGUUAAGUACUUGGGAUCAGACAAACCAAUUAAGAUUUUUGGCAUUCUGCUCAUCAUUCAUUUUUGGUUAUGUAAUUUAUAGAGGAUAUGAGGUUUGUCCAACUUACUCAAUGGUGAAUUACCACCUUGGUAAAUAUCCCAAUUUUGGAAUAAUGAUGGGAUCUGUAGUAUCAUCCACAUUAGGAGGAGUAAUGGGAGGCAUUUUAUUAUUUUAUCUCGAAAAUGAGUAUCAAGUAGUACCAAAGUAUUUACUUGAAGGUUUAAAAUACGGGGAUUACAGUCUUUUCCCCCUUAGUAGUUUUUUCGGAGAAGCUUUUCUUUCUUUCCUCUAUAGUCUUGGAGUUAGCAUUGUAUGUAGGGUUGGGCCGGGGUUUUUUGGUGCAGCGGAAAUUUCCUGGUUUUCAAACGCCAAUAUUGGUAUUAUUGCUAGUUCCAUGAGAGCUCCUGGAAACUUAUCUCUAACUUACUCUGCUCUUUAUGGUGCUUACUCAGGGGAUUAUAUAGGAGCCGCUAUUCUUGGAACUGCAAAUAUCGCAGGAACUAUGUUAAUGAAUUUCCUUUUGAUGUUUAGAGGAAUUUCGAUCGCAAAAAAAAACCAAGUUAAGCGUAAAACCACCAAUAAAUCUAAACAGAAGUAA